CGAUAUGGCUCGGGCAGCUUCACAAGUCGGACAGCUAACCAUCGGUUUGUGUGAUGUCUUCAUCGCUCGAAUCACAAGCAAAGACCGAGGAAUUAUUUAGGCUUCAGCCGCAAAAAGUGGUGCCAGCCUUCGGCCUUCAUCCAUGGUUCACGAGCUCGAUUACGUUAUUGGACGGAGCCGAGUCGGGGGAUCAAGAGCUCGAUAAACGGGCCCAUUAUCGAGAGAUCUUGGUCAAGAAACAUUACCCGACCUCUUCCAUUGGUCGAUCAGAUACUCAACAAGAAGAUGAGGGACGACGGAAAGAUCGGAUGGAGAUUUGGGAAUGGAUAGAUUGUCAUCUCCAUCUGCUCCCCAAGCCGAUCCGUUUGGAAAACUUUCUAGUCGGAUUGAGGCAAAGAUUGAUGCGCUUUCCGACGAGCGUGAUGGGCGAGAUCGGUCUAGAUAAAGCGUUCACGUUCCAUAUCAAACCCUCGCCGGUCAUCCACCCCACAAGAGGAUCUAACGAGAAGGAUGAUGGAGACCAACCAGUGACAGAGGAUCGAGUGAUCAAGAGCAAAUACAAGGUGUCGAUCGGCCAUCAGCUCCAAAUCUUGCAGAAACAGAUCGAGCUGGCCAUCGAGCUUCGUCGGCCAAUCAGUCUGCAUUGCGUCCAAGCCCCAACAGAGCUUCUCGGGUUGAUCGACGAGUUGAUCGGCCGUUGGGGCGUCCGAUUCACCGGUCUUCUCUCAAACCAUCGAAUAACUGCAAAGAAAUCUAAAACCGGCCCGGCUCAGAUGGGCAGCGAAAAUCCUACUCUCCAAGCGGAUUCAGAGAGAGACAAGGACACGACACAGGAACAGGGGAUUAACCUCUGCUGGCACUCGCCCAACAUCUCGGUCGAAGUGCUCCAACAGACGCUCCGAAAACUGCCUCGGACGGCCUACUUUUCGUAUUCCAGCGAGCUGGCGAUCCUCUUCGACUCACGAGCACCAUCCAACAAGGCCCAUCCCGGUCUUGCCCAACCGCAAUGCGACGAGACAGCAGUUCUGGACAACAAGCGUUAUUCGACGAGGGCCGUCCAGGCCAUCCGGGCCACCCCUCUCGACCGACUGCUCCUCGAGUCCGAUCACGGCGCCGACCCGGUCUUGAUCGAUAACAAACUCCAACAAAUCUUCCAUCUUGUUCGCCUCGUGAAAUCACCCCAGUCCUCCGGGAGCUCUGGUCUUCCUUCUGAUGACUACUCCUUGGACUCGCACUCAGAUCGUCUGGCUAGACAAAUCGAGGCUAAUUGGAAUCGCUUCUAUGCCGGCGCGUGACCGGAAUUGUUUCUGGUCAAAUCGGAUCUCCCUCAUGAAAACGCAAAAAAGGCCCUUUGUUUAGCUUA